AUGCUGGAUCGGUGUCAGCCGACCGCCGGUAUUUCCUCCCGUCGUUCUGCUUGCGAUCGGUGCCGCGUGCAGAAGUUAAGAUGUCUUCGCCAGCGUCCUGACCAGGCACGCUGUGACCGCUGCAAUCACGCAGAUUCCGAAUGUGUCACCAGCCCUAUCUAUCGAAUGCGUGCCUGGAAUGCUACUUCCGAGGGCUCUGCUACAGAAGCUGCUAUGUCGUCACUGCAAAGCCAGGGCGGAAGAAAACGUCAGCGCCAGGAACACCACUGCCAGCAGCUUCCCACCCCAAGUCACUCUAACGGUGCUUUGGACUCACGACACACGGGAGAUUCCCCCUGUACAAUUGACCCGAAUCCUUUCGAUGAAAACGCUUUCUCCACCUCCGCCUACGUUUGGCCUAACGAGCUACCACCUAGGCCCGUGCAAGACCAGGUGUCGGAGGCCGCUGGUCUGUAUGACUCCAUAUUUGGCGAGGGAAUGGAUCAAUACGGAAGCAGCGGUUUCGGUUUGACUGGUGACCAUUUUGAAAAGACGACGCUGCAAAGAGUCCAGACAGGGGAAUCGCUUCCUUCUGCGCCAACAUACUCUCAGAGUCUGGGCACCGACGAUCAAUACUCUGCCAGAUCCACCUCAAAUAGUCGCUCUGGAUCACCAGCCGCCACCAGAGUCGAUGCCGCCGGCAGCGCCAUUAGUGUCGCUCCUAUCCAGGACAAAGCCACGCCUCUUCAACAACUCUCACGUGUAGACUACAACCUCAUCACCUUGCUGAGUUGCCUUGGAAAAGGCCUCCCCCAAGUUGCCAUGGAUACUCUAGUCUCGCCUGUUGACUCAUCCAAGUCAUCAACCCCAGCAGUUGAUGAUAUCCUGAACACAACACGAGAAUUCGUUGAUGUCCUGAAGAUUCUAUCCGGGCAGCAGGCCUCUCCAAAAUCAUUCCCGGUCCAGACUCGAGAGAGCGGCUCUAACGAUUUCAGUUCUACGGGCGACAGAUCUGAUGAUGAAUCCGACGUGGCAUCGUCCCCUGAUUCAGACUUCUUAACUACGCCUUCGCCACCUCGAAGCACUGACAUUCAUUCUAACUCAAUGCCCGAUACUGCGUCUUUGAUUGCCGUCUUGAGCAGCUAUAUCCGAGUCAUUCGACUACAUCUCAUCAUUUUCGCCCACAUCUACGAUUAUCUGAAGGAGAUUUCAGAGAGUGAUGAUCCUGUACUUUGCCAUGUUCCAGGGCUAAGCUUCUGUACAUUCCCCAUACAAUCCGGCAACCUUCAAACAAUUAUUCUGAUCCAGGUUGUCACGAGUCUUUUCGAGCGCGUAGAGAGUUUGCUAGGCCUUCCACAUGAAUUACGACUUAGUACGCGGAGAGAAGAGCCUCAAGGGUUAUUUCAUGAACCCGGCUUCAUGGACAUAGCCGGGCCUAUCAUGAAGAAAGAAGAAGGGGGUGAACCACACCAAGGACGAGGUGGCAUCAAAUGUCUCCGCAAAUACAUUAAGAAGACCAAACAGUUAUUGAGGAACAGGAUUGCGCCGUAA